AUGAAGUUCUGCCGUCCCUCUAAGGGUCCCGACCCUCAUGUUGUUGUUGCUGUGGCUCCUGCAGCAGCUGUGGCCCCGCCCAUCUCACGAGCGGCUCUGUGUUUCUGGGUUUGGUUUUUUUUUCUGUUGCACUACGAACUCACGGACGCUUUUCCGCAGUCUGACCUCGACUGCAGAGACGACGAAUACAAGAGCGGCUCCCUCUGCUGUUUGAACUGCCCCGCUGGAACACGUACUACAUCGCCCUGCAGAACAGGAGUGCGGGGGCAGUGUGAGGAAUGUGACGAUGGGACAUUCACCGCGUAUGGAAACGGACUAAAGCAUUGUUUCAAGUGCAUACAGUGUCGCCCAGAUGAGGAAGCUGUAAGCCCGUGCACUCACACUCAAGAUGCACAAUGUCGCUGCAAAUCUGGAAGAUUCUGUGAUCCUAACGAACCAUGUGAAGUGUGCAAAAAGUGCACAAGUUGCGGAGAAGAUGAAGAGACGGUGAGGAACUGCACCUCCACCACCAACAGAGAGUGCAAGAAGGUCCAGACCAAAUCUGACUCUGCUUCAGCAAACCCCUCAAUGAUUGGGCUACUCUGUGUUCUUGCGGUUCUUGUGAUUGUUGUUUUGAUCGCUGUGCUCCAUUGGGUGAAGAGACGUCGUCGAGCAUCAGACUCUCCGAGAAAUCUACCUGAAGAUGGGAAAGCUGGACAGAACCUCAGCGACAGCGGUCCCACUGAUGGAAGGAGGCAGAGCUGCUCAAAUCUGAUCCCGGUGAGAAUCAAAUCCUCCGUCCGUACGGAGGAUGAGCGCGAGGUGCUGUGUGAAAGCUUGAGCAGCUCAUCCAGUAACUCCCAGCACAGCCUCACUGGUCUGUACGCUUCCGCCAGCUCCGCACCCCCCCCUCCGAGCCAUCCCCAUGCAGCCACCCAGGCAGCCCAACAUGAGGGUGAAGAGUCUCUGAGGCAAUGCUUUCUGCAUUUUGAAGACAUAGACUUCGACCUCCUCAAGAGAUUCUUCCGUCAACUUGAGAUUUCCGACAACGUGAUCAAAAGCAAAGACAAAGAGCAGAUUCCCUACGAAGACAAGAUCCACGACUUGCUGAACAUCUGGGUGGAGAAAGAGGGCAGAUGCGCCACUUUAAACAACCUGCUGAAAGCUUUACUGGAUCUGAACCAGAGGAGGACGGCAGAGAUUGUCAGGCAGAAGGCUCUGGACUCCGGUCACUACACGUGUGAGGGUUAAGGAGACGUUUUCAGAAAGCUUGCAGCAUCAAUGCUAGGUGCAGCAGCAUCACACGUGCUACUGCCCUCAGUUGUCUUUUGGCGUGAACAGUAUCUGUUCGGCCGUGAAAAGAGAAAGUAUGUAUCAGUCACGAUGGGAAGCAGUUUGUGUGUCGUGCACCUCACAAGGCUGCAGCCGCCGUAGUGUUCUUUUUUGGAGUAUUUCUAAAAACCUCGCUCGUACACUUACAAAGUGUGUGUUUCCUGAAGCUUCAGCGAGCGCACGGCACUGCGCUGUACAGCUCAGGUGUGGAGACGCCGGGUCAAUUACCUGCCUGCUUCUCUCCACACACACGUGUCUAAAUGAGUUCUUUAGCUGUUUUUUGUCAGACUGAAAGUCAUUUUUUUUGUUACGCCCUAAGUGGCGUCUGAAGUAUUUAAUGACAAAACAUUUGGGCUAUUUUGCGUACAAAGCUUUUGCUUUUUUACGGACUUGGCCCAGUUCUCAAGAUUUUUUGAUGAGUUUCUUCGCUAAGAUGUUUUUAUUUAUUCCUCAGGAAUGUCUUAAAGUUUGCACUGUGUGAUCGAUGGAACAUAUGAGGCGUCGGUACGAAUGAGAUUAUAAGUAUGAAGUUAUUAAAGUGGAGUUCUGUCUUUUAUUUAAACUGUACGUUCUCUGCCUGAGUGGGUACUAAGAUGCAUGUUCCUCAACACAACAUAACAUGUGAAAGGUUUCUAAAAGGGUUUGCUGAUGUGUUCUAGAAGAGCCUUUUCUACCUUUUGUUUAGUUAUUAUUAUUAUUAUUAGUAGUAGUAGUAUUAUUAUGAUGUUACAUAAUGCUGUUGCUUACUCUCAGGUCCUGUAAUGUUUGUCAGCCUUUGGUUUACCUGAUGCUACAGAUCUAUUCAAGUUUACAAAACAACUACGACUACGAAAGUUUAAAUCUGACUGGAAUGUGUAAAAAUAAAAAAAAUCCUAAACACUUUC